AUUUCCACUUUGCCCCAAAUGUCACGGCUUUGCGGGCGCGGCUCCGGAACCAAACGCGACUUCGCUCGAUGUCCUCCAUUCUUGGGUGGUAAGCGCCUGCUUUUCCCCCCGGCGGGCGACUAAGAUCUGCCCGGUCUUCUUCAUCUGCUUCUCUGUCAACGAAGAUCUUAGCCCCUCUUUCCAUAUAUAAUGAUCCGGUUUAUUCUGCUCCAGAACAGGCAGGGAAAGACCCGCCUAGCAAAGUACUAUGUCCCACUGGAAGAAUCCGAGAAACAUAAGGUUGAAUAUGAGGUUCAUCGAUUGGUGGUAAACAGGGAUCCAAAGUUCACCAAUUUUGUGGAGUUCCGCACGCACAAGGUUAUAUACAGAAGAUAUGCUGGACUUUUCUUUUCAAUGUGUGUUGAUAUAACCGAUAAUGAAUUAGCAUACCUGGAGUGCAUCCAUUUAUUUGUGGAGAUUUUGGAUCAUUUUUUCAGCAACGUAUGUGAGCUAGACUUGGUAUUUAAUUUUAACAAGGUAUACCUGAUUUUGGAUGAGUUCAUUCUUGCUGGGGAGCUACAAGAAACAAGCAAGAAGGCUAUUAUCGAGAGAAUGGGUGAACUAGAAAAGCAAGAGUAGUAAUGUUUGGGAUCAAUAGCUGCUUGUCUAAAUUCUUUCUGUUAAGUUUGUCAAGUUUGAUAUCAUAAGACAGCAAUAGUAAAUCAUUUGCUCGACUAUGAGAUUGUUAAAAUUAAACUUUUGUGCUUAUAUAAAUAUUCUGUUUUUUAUAAUGUAAAAGAACUUGAAACAAUUAGGAUUUGAUCGAUUCGCUCCUGCAAACCCAGUUUAGAAGUAUUCUGUAUUUGUCUGAAAUAGGGCUCAAUAUAUAUGAAUCACAUUGUUCUCUCUUGCA